AUGCCACCCAAACGCAAGCGCGCCGAGCCCGAGGAACAAGAUGAAGAACAUAGAAAGCCGACGUACGCCUCCGAAGUAGAUUGGCUAGCCUGCCUUACGGACCCAUCCAGAGACGUCUCGACCAGUACUGAGAUUGCAAAAGAAGAGACCAAUACCGCCCUCAUCACCGCAGCCUGCAAACUGACCUACGUUCUCUACCACAACGUCCAAGCACAAGAAUGCCUGGCGACGAUCCUCCAAUCGCUAAACAAGAGCGGCACAGAAGACGAUGCGGAGCUCACUCGCGUCGCAAAGUCCUCUCAAUCUGCCUGGAAAGCACACGUGGUCAACAAGUUCUUAAUACCACACGUCAAGGAGAUAGUCCGCAAGUGGUGUGUUGCGCGUCCGUACAAGAACUUUGGGUCCUUACCGGCGAGUGAUCGCAUCCAGCUAUGGUUCAAAGUUUAUGAUUACGACCCUAAGAGCACCGUCGUUUCGAUGUGGAAGCCCGUGAUUGGGGUCCUUGACCUGGGUCUGAUCUUCCGCACAGACCUACCUCCUGAGGAUGAUGUAAAGAUGAAGGCUGUGCGGCAAAUGCUCAGACACAAGUACUAUUUUGGGUGCGAAUGCACAUACAAGUACAGCGUUGCGGAUCCGAAGAAGGCAGAAAAGUCGAAGACCUUGCAAGACUGGGCGUCGUACGCCAAGUAUAGCGACUAUGCCUCGGGUAUCGUUCCUUUUGCGGACAUGCCGAUCUCUCCAAAGACACUAGCUAUCUAUCCAUCGGAAGCACCAGCAAAGAAAACCAAAGUCACGUUGGCCGAUGGUGCUUUCGGGGGCGCUUCCCUAAACUCUGCAAUCGACAAUUCAGACGCCGCCAUUGUUGCUUCCGAAAUCUCUGACAACAGUUCAGCCAGGUGUCACAACACUGGAGUGACUUCGAGUUUCCAAUCCAGCUUGCCAAACUCUCGCACCAUAUCUAGAGAACCCUCUCUAUCCGCACUUAUGGAACAAGAGAAGCCCACAGAGCCCUUGACCUACCUUCAGGAGCUGAUCAACGGACCUUCAUCUGGCGCAGGCUUGGCUCGUCAAGGUGGACAAGGAGCUGCAUGCCUCACCAAAGGCUUCGCUGGGACAAAGGGUUUGCUAGUCUUCCAGCCUACACCCAAGCCGACCCCACGCCCUAAGGCCCCGAUGACUGAAGCUGAACGAGGUUUCAAUGAGUUCUUUGGCGUCCCGAACCAGGCUUCGAUCGCUGCUCCGAUGAUUUUGGAAGCCUCUUCGCCUGCGGCAGCGCCGGAGCCUGAGGUGGAUGAGGAUUUGCUCUGA